AAACUUGGCAUGGGUAGCCUUCAGGUGACUUACAACGAAGAUUUGAAUGGGAAUUGUGUUAAAUUCUUCAGCGACGAUAACGUCCAGCUCUGCAGUCAUGUCAUAUGUCGGGAACAUUCCAUUAAACUGAACAAGCAAAGCUGUGAAUGGAAUCCCAUAGAUUUUUCUACCGACGAACCUCUCCGGAAACAUUUUAUGGCAUCUUUCAGUUCUGCAGCAGCAGCCGAGGAGUUUGUUGCAAUCUUCAAUGAGGGCCAAAGAUUAGCAUUGGACUCAGAAAUUUCAGAGAAUCUUCCCGGCGAGAUGGAGCCUGUUGUCUUUUCCUCUGGAGAGCCAGGGCACAAAGGAUAG